UAGACCUAGCCUUAUACAUGUUGUGUUGUUGGGAUAAGCCAUGACUAUUUAAAAAGUAUAGUACAUCGUUUCAGGGCUUUCAUCCUUGAGUCUUAUUCUGAUAAGCUAUCUAUAUAUCAUGAGACGUUUUACUAACUCUGUUCUGGAUAGCAACACAAUUAAGGGAGCAGCCUCGAAUACAAAAUGGUUAUGUGCCAGUCCAAUCCAUUCUGAUGUAGAAGCCAAGCUGAGGUGCCUCUUGGUUGAAUUAGGGAAUGCUGAUAGAAUACUUGGAAUCCAGGUUUGUGCCUACAAAAACGGGCAAGUGAUCAUUGAUACUGCAGCUGGAGUGCUGGGAAAAGACAACCCUCGUCCAGUUCAACCUGAUUCCUUAUUUCCUGCUUUCUCUGUAACUAAGGGUGUCACGGCAGGAAUGAUACAUUGGCUGGUUGAUAAAGGGAAACUAAACCUUGAUGAAAAUGUCGCAAACAUUUGGCCAGAGUUUGGUACAAAUGGGAAGGAUCAGAUAAAGGUUCAUCAUAUACUGAAUCAUACAUCUGGUUUGCACAACGCUCUUGCUGACAAUACUAGAAAUGAUCCUACAUUAUUUUGUGAUUGGGAUGAGUGUGUAAAACGCAUUGCGGAGGUUGCACCAGAGACCGAACCUGGUCGUGAUCAAUUAUAUCAUUAUCUCUCAUAUGGUUGGCUAUGUGGCGCAAUCAUUGAGCGUGCAUCCGGAAAGAAGUUUCAAGAUGUUCUUGAGGAAGCUUUUGUUCGCCCACUAAACGUGGAAGGCGAAUUUUAUAUAGGGAUUCCUUCCGGUGUGGAAUCUCGUCUGGCAAAUCUUACGUACGAUAGAAAUGAAUUCCAUACGUUUUCAGAUCUAAUCGCAAAGUGUAAGUAUAGGACUGCCGUGCCUUCCUCAUUCUUGCCUCACAUACUUGAAAACCUCAUUUCCUUAGCAGACAAGCUCAAUGUCCGCCGUGCUAUAUUACCAGCCUCUAACGGACACUUCUCGGCCCGUGCAUUAGCCCGCUACUAUGCCGCCCUUGUGGACGGUGGUACGGUCCCUCCUCGCCAUUCCUCCUCCCUCCCACCACUUGGAAGCCACCCUCACCACCCCACGUUCCCCUCCAAGAACCAGAAAGAUGAAAGUACUGACACCUACUUCACAAAUCCUAAACCCGAUCAUUUCAUCCGAAUCCCCGAAACAGACGCCACAGGUGAUGAAAUCGAGACUAAAAUCUUUAGCAACCCAAAAUCAAAACUUCAUGAUGCGUUCUUGGGAAACGGAAAAUAUAAGGAUUUAAUCUUACCGAAAGGAAAAUUUGGACUUGGGUUUAGGAAGGUUUGCACGAUGGAUGCAUGUUCGACGAUUGGGUUUGGUCACGCAGGGUUGGGUGGGUCCAUGGCAUACUGUGACAUUAAUAACAGGUUUUCUAUUGCGGUGACUCUAAACAAGUUGUCUUUCGGGGAUUUGACCGGAGAGAUAAUCCGGUUUGUUUGCUUGGAACUUGAUCUUCCUGUACCGAAAGAUUAUGGGAGAUCUUGUAAGUUCAUGGAGAAACCGGUGUUUAAUUAAAGGUGCUUUGAUGGAAACGUGCUCAUAGUAUUCGAGGGAAACUUUACUACUUUAGUAUUCAUGUAUUUUUAUAGCGAUUUUGAGUAAAAACUGUUUUAAGGAAGUAUACAAUUGUUGUGUAUAGGGAUCUUCUCUUCACCCAUUUGCGCACUAAUUUUAUUUUUGUUCUUGUCGUGAUUAA